AUGAGUCGAGGCCUAGCAAGACCAAGCCCCAAACCUCAGCCUCCAAGAUAUGACCUUGGCCCAAAUUCACAGCAAACCCGGCAAUCCAGUCACCUGAGGAGUCAAAAACAACUUCUUUCUGGGAUAUGUAUGAAAAAAGAUGAUAUAUCAAACCUUCAUGAAGGAGCCAUGAUCAUAAGGAGGGUUUUAUGUCAGAAAAAGGUUCUUCUCAUUCUUGAUGAUGUGAAUCAUUUGGAACAAUUAGAAAGUGUGGCUGGAAAUCAUGGUUGGUUUGGUUUUGGGAGUAGAGUUCUCAUUACAACUAGAAAUGAGCAUUUGUUGAUCAAACAUGGAGUGGAGAGAAGAUUUCAGGUAAAGGGACUAAAAAGUGAAGAUGCUCUUCAACUGUUUAGUUGGAAAGCUUUUAAAAAGGAUUACCCUGAAAAGUAUUAUCUUAUUUUGUCUAAUCGCGUAGUGAGUUAUGUCAAAGGUCUUCCAUUAGCUCUUGAGGUCUUGGGAUCGUUCUUGCAUGGAAGAGGUUUAAGUGAAUGGAACAGCACGUUGGGAAAACUUGGAGUGUGCAACUUGGAAAUUUUUGAGGCAUUAAAAAUUAGUUAUGAUGGUCUAGAUGAUAAUGAGAAGAAAAUGUUCCUGGACAUUGCGUGUUUCUUUAACGGGAAGGACAAAGAUCGAGUAAUAGAAGCUUGUGAUGUUUCUGCAGUAGUUAUAGUAGAAGUCCUCAUCGAGAGAUCUCUCAUAAAGAUUUGGGGUGGAAGGCUUUGGAUGCAUGAUUCGCUCCAAGAAAUGGGUCGGCAAAUUGUACUCCGAGAAUUUCCUGAUGAGCCUGGCCGGUGCAGCAGGUUGUGGUUUCGUGAAGAUGCCAAUCAUGUCUUGAGCAAAAAUACUGGAACAGAGGCAAUAGAAGGCAUAGUUCUGCACCCAGCUGAUCCAGGGGUACAGGUGCAUGCAAAUGCUAAAUCCUUUUCAAAGAUGGUGAAACUAAGAUACCUCAAGAUUAGUAAUGUGCGCCUUUACAAUGGACUUGAAGAUCUUCCCAAUAGCUUACGCAUUCUUAAAUGGACGGGGUAUCCUUUAACAUAUUUCCCAUCACAUUUCAACCCAGAGAAGCUACUAGAACUCAAAAUGUGUCAUAGUUGCAUAAAACAUUUUCGGAUGGGAACAAAACCUUUACACAAUUUGAAAACCAUCAAACUCAGUCACUCUCUGAAUCUUGUCAGCACGCCAAACUUUAAAGGUAUGCCAAAUCUUGAGGUUCUGAUUCUUGAAGGUUGUCCACGAUUGUUUGAGGUUGAUCCAUCAAUUCAAGUGCUGGAAAGACUUACUCUGCUGAACUUGAAAGAUUGCAAAAACCUUGCCCAUCUUCCAAGCAGUGUAGGUUGCUUAAAAUCUCUCAAAGUUCUUAAUCUUUUUGGUUGUUCGAGGCUUAAUAUAUUGCCAGAAGAGUUGGGUUACAUAGAGUGUCUGGAGGAGCUUGAUGUGAGUAGAACUUCCAUAAGAGAACUACCUUCCUCUAUUGGAAGGCUUAAAGGUCUUACUUUGAUGAACUUGAAAGAUUGCAAAUAUUUUAUGCAUCUUCCAACUAGUGUAAACGGCUUAAAAUGUCUCAAAGUUCUUAAUCUUUCUGGUUGUACAAGACUCCAUGCACUGCCGGAAGAGUUGGGUCAUGUUGAGUGUUUGGAGAAGCUUGAUGUGAGCAGAACUGCCAUAUCAGAACCACCCUCCAACCUUUAUCUUUUGAAAAAUCUUAAAAUAUUAUCAAUUCAAGGAUGUAAAGGAUCCAUCACCUUCUUCUAUUGAUCCCAAAUCUCUCAUUUCUUUUUGCCUUUGGAGUUUCAAUUUUUAAGAGGACCUGCUCAUAAAAGUGACUGCAAUCUUUUGGGAAGGAGCAAUUCCUAUGUUCUCAGCUGCUUGUCCUUAUUGAGAAGAUUAAAUCUAAGAAGAAACUACUUUGCUAGUCUAUUUGUAGA